AUGGCAUCGACAUUCGAUUCCAAUUGGUCACUGCCAACAACUUUUUCAUUCAUACAGAAUUUCAAUCAAGUUGAAUCAUAUGAUGUGUCGAAAGCAACUAUCGAAUUAGGUUCAAGUUCUACAUCUAAUAAUGAUACUCACUAUAAUCCGAGGCUAUCUACAUGGUUCAAUAAUGAAUUUUAUUUUGAAAAACUUCAAUCUACACCUGAAUAUCAUCAGGACAAUGAAGUAGAGUCACAUACAACAAUGAAUAUGCCAAAUUUACUUGAAAAUUUUAUUGGAUCGAUUCAACCUUGUACUACUUGGUAUUCAGAUGAUAUGAAAAAUAUGAAAUCACAAGUGGCUAUCGUCUUAUGUAAACUGGAGUUACUCAAAAAAAUUCCUAUUAAUAACGAAGUGAUAAAAUCAAUAGAAAACGAUAGAUAUGAACACAAUGUAUAUCAACCACUUGAUACAUAUACUUUUCCAAUACGAACAUUACAUGGAAAUAUACUUUUUGAUUUUUCGAAGCAGUCGAUUAACUACGAUAUUUAUAUACAGUUAAUGCAACUUGUACGUUUGUCAAAUUUAGAUAAAUUUAUUGAAAAAAUAUUUCAUAAAUCAGGAGAAUAUUAUCAUAUAGAUUACAAAGAAAAUCGUCGAAAACAAUUUGAAAAACAACAAAACACUCAUGAAAAUUUAUCACAUCAUCAUGUUUAUCGAUUUAAUCAUGAUAUAACAAUUAAUCAUUAUGGUUCUCAUUCCGUUUUAUCAAAUUCAUCAAUUCAUAAUAAGUAUCAAAUAUCAAACAGUGAUGAAUUAAUGAAAUUACAUCAAACAGAUAAAAAUAGUUGUUGUAUAACGAUGGCUAAAAGUGUACAUUUUCGUGCUUCAAGUCAUUGUUUUGUGCUUGAUGGUAUUGAUAUUUCAGCUCGUUUUCAACAUGAUCGCAAAAUUUUACAAGAUACUUGUCAACGCUUUCAUAGUUAUGUUAACAUCGAUUCAAAUAGAAAACAAAAUGAAAAUAAUGACUUUCUACAAACUACAUCUGUAUCAGAUGAUCGUUCUUCACUCUCACGAACUGAAAUCAAUCAAGUCACUUAUGAAAAUCUACAUUCUUCAAUGUUACAAUUAGAUGUUAAUUUAAAACAAACCAUUCAUUUUAUUUUCGUUUUAUGUACACAUAGAAUGAAAAAAAUCUAUCGAUUAUUAGAAUCAUUAUUGAAACCAUAUGUUUCACGAAAUAUUUCUAUUGUCUAUUUUACAUUUGAUGAGAUUAAAUCUUUCUUAAUCAAAUAUGAACAAAUAUCCCAUGAAAAUCUUCAGCAAGAUAUUUCACUAUCAAGUACAUUACAAAAUUCUCAUAACACUUCUUCAUCAACUAUGUCGACUAAAAAGAACAUAUUCAAACAACGUAAAAUUUUAUUUCAAAAAGUUAAUUUGAAAAAAGAAUUUAAUACUAAUGCAGACGUCAAUAAUGAAAAUAUAACUAAUUCAAUAUCUGAGAAAGAUGUUUUCAAUCUAUCUCCAAAAACAGAUGAUACGACGGAAAAAAUUGAUUUAUUCAAUGAAGAAUUUUUACUUGAUUAUCUGCGAAAAUCAUCACUCGUUCUCAUAUUUAUGAAACAUUUAGAUGAGACAUAUCUUAGUGCAUUUAUUCGAUGGUAUACUGAAAUCCUUAUCAAAUCUGAUGUACAUUCCAAUCAAUCAUUCACAUCUAGUUGGAAUAAAUCAAUUGAACAUUGUUGGCUUAUAACAAGCGAUUAUCAACGUGCACAAACAGUUUUUAGCAUUCCAAAAACAAACUUAUUUCUUUGGCCAACAGAAUAUAACAAUUUUGAUUAUACGUCAAUUAUUAUUUCAUCGAUUCUUAUUCUACCUAUUGCAUUAACUAUUAAUUAUGAGUUUGUAUUGAUUUUAUUUUAUGUCGAAUUUCAUAAAAAACUUUUCCGUAGCUAG